ACUUAUUAAAUAGUUUAUAUGAGGAACCAGAUUACCCAUUUAGCGCACGUUGUGUGUCUUCUUCUUUUGUGUUGGGGCGAUGAGCAUAACCAUAAGUACGAAGACAACGAAGAAGUUGUGCUGUGGAUGAAUACAGUAGGGCCUUAUCACAACAGACAAGAAACAUAUAAAUACUUCUCAUUGCCUUUCUGCAGUGGUCCUAAAGCUCAAAUUGAGCAUCACCACGAAACUUUGGGUGAGGAUUUGCAAGGUAUCGAGUUGGAGUUCAGUGGCUUGAACAUCAAUUUCAGACAAAAUGUGCCGAAAACCAGUUAUUGUAACAUUAAACUUACUGUCGACAAGCUCAAAGACUUCGAACAUGCAGUGAAACAGUAUUACUGGUAUCAGAUGUACAUCGAUGAUCUACCAAUUUGGGGAAUCGUCGGCGAGGUUGAUGAUGCAGAUAAAUCAGCGAAGUACAUCUGGACGCACAAGAAAAUUGAUAUUGGAUACAAUGGCAAACAGAUAGUUGACGUGAACCUGACCAGUGAACAUAAAGUUAAGCUGGAGCUUGAUGGGGCAGUUGAGUUUUCAUAUGAAGUAAAUUGGAAAGCAUCGACAGUGAAGUUUGAGGACCGAUUUGACAAGUACCUAGAUCCAACAUUCUUCCAACACAGGAUUCACUGGUUUUCAAUCUUCAACUCUUUCAUGAUGGUUAUCUUUUUGGUUGGACUGGUAACAAUGAUUCUGAUGAGAACUUUGAGGAAAGAUUACGCCAGGUAUUCCAAAGAUGAUGACAUGGACGACCUGGAGAAAGACUUGGGCGACGAGUACGGGUGGAAACAGGUGCAUGGGGACGUAUUUCGACCGGGGGAGCAUAGGACCCUUUUCUGUGCACUGGUGGGAACUGGAUACCAGAUCACAGUAGUCUCCCUCCUCGUCAUCAUGCUCGCCAUAUUCGGAGAGCUAUAUACUGAGCGUGGAUCUCUGUUGAGCACUGCAAUAUUCGUGUAUGCCGCCACUUCGCCAGUCAAUGGAUACUUUGGCGGAAGCCUCUACGCAAGGAUGGGAGGUAAGAGUUGGAUCCGCCAGAUGUUUGUGAGUGCGUUCCUGAUCCCAGCCUACGUGUCCGCAACAGCAAUCGGCAUCAACUUCAUUGCUAUGUACUACCACGCUUCCCGUGCCAUCCCGUUCGGAUCUAUGAUGGCAGUGGCAUGUAUCUGUCUCUUCGUGAUCCUUCCUCUCACUCUGGUGGGAACUAUCCUUGGAAGAAAUCUGGCGGGACUCCCUGAUGCUCCGUGCAGAGUAAACGCAGUGCCACGACCCAUCCCUGAGAAAAAAUGGAUAAUGGAGCCGGCGAUGAUAGUGUUGUUGGGAGGAGUGUUGCCGUUCGGGAGUAUCUUCAUCGAGAUGUACUUCAUCUUCACCUCCUUCUGGGCCUACAAGAUCUACUACGUGUACGGCUUCAUGCUCCUGGUCUUCAUCAUCCUCAUGAUUGUCACCGUGUGUGUCACCAUCGUCGCCAUUUACUUCCUACUCAACUCCGAGGACUACCGAUGGCAGUGGACUAGCUUCUGGGCGGGUGCCUCGUGCUCAUUCUACGUGUAUCUAUACUGCAUAUAUUACUUCUUCUUCAAAACCAAGAUGUUCGGCUUCUUCCAGACGGCCUUCUACUUCUCCUACAUGGGGGUGUUCUGCGUCUGUCUCGGAAUACUAUGCGGAACUUUCGGUUACGUGGGAACCAGCGUCUUCGUCAGGAAAAUAUAUUCGACAGUCAAGAUUGACUAGACGAAAAAAAUCACUAUUAGUGAGAAGAGUAGUUAACGAUGCUUCAGUUUCAGUGCAAGCAACAUGCCAACUUGUGGAAAAAACGUAAACUGAUAUCGGAUUCGCAAAUGUUCAUUUUGAGUUAUACAAAUUUUACUCCGUUUUGAAACAUUUUUGCCGACAUGCAGACUUACCAUUGCUAAAUCUCAUUUUUAUCUGUUGUUGUUAAUGCGAGCAAUCGUUUCUAACCCCAAAUACGAAUCAGAGGUCAUUUAUGGUUGUUGAUCAGAAAUGGAAAACAGAAGAUUAGAGGGCUAGAGAUGGCUUAAUAUUCAGUUGCUUCGAUAUUUAGUGGAGUUAAAAGUUUUUUUAAAAGAUUCAUCGAUUCUGGUUAAGUUUCAUAAUGGUAUUCUCGGUUGCAAAAAUGUGGGUUUUCAUUUUGUAUUUCAGUGUAAAUAUUAUUAAAUGCUGUUCAUUUAACUCUUACAUAUCUAUUUUGAUAUUUUCUCUUUGAGUGCAAAAUCCGAAACACAGUUCUUGAAAUGCCCUUGACUUCUGAUGAGUUUCAUUUGAGAAAUAGGAGAGCUUACUUGGGUAAAAAGAGCUCUAAAGGGGAAUUGAAUCUACGUGUGAGGUUGUAAAAGAAACUUUAAUUUCAGAUCAUGAAAGAUAAUCUCUAGUCUUCGUUCAAGUUGUUAUUUCACCUAUUGUUGGCCAGUGGUGACUGGUAGUCAAUGUAAAGUUAAAUGGUUAUUGGUUCGUAUUCUGAUGUUAAUUGUAAUAAAAUUGAUCCCGGAAAUAAAUUUGAUCUGAUCAUAUAUAUACAUUGUAAAGAGUCUCAAUUUGAACUAUGUAGUAUUUACCCGAAAUUAAUUUGCUCUGCAA